AUGGGCGCCUCGGCGGAGCUGGCUUGGCGGCUGCGGGCAGCGCUGCAGGAGGAGGAGCUGCAGGCUGUGGAGGAGCUGCUGCGCCGCGGCGCGGACCCCAACCUGGUGCUAGCGGAUGGCGCGGCCGCUGUCCACCUGGCGGCGGGGGCCCGGCACCCACGCGCUCUGCGCUGCCUCAAGGCUCUGCUGUGCCGAGGCGGGGACCCCAACGUUCGAUCGGCAGAGGCGCUGACACCGCUGCACGUGGCCGCCGCCUGGGGCUGUAGCCGCAGCCUGGAGCUGCUGCUGAGCCAGGGAGCGGACCCCCGGCUGCUCGACCAGGAUGGACUCCGGCCACUGGACCUGGCAGAACAACAGGGCCACCAGGACUGUGUGCGCGUCCUGAGGGAGCUCCCAAAGCUGACCAGGACCCCUCCCCGGACCCGGUUAGAGACCCAGGAGCCGGAGCCUAAGCCCUGUGAUGCCAGCCCCUCUAGACCCCCCCGUGUGAUGCUGGACUGCACAGGACUGGGCAGAAGCGACAGCAGGGACAUGGACCUGAAGGCUAGCCCUGGACCCUCCAGCCUCCUUGCCUGCCCUGAAGCUGUUGACAAGGAUGGCAGCUCGGAGUCCUCCCCCGGGGGCUGGGACUGCAGCUCCGAUGCCUCCUUUGUCACAGCAGUUGAGGCUUCUGGAGCCAAGGACCCAGCCCCCCGUACGUACCCCUGGGCCGGGCCACUGCCCAGGCAGCAACUCCUGCCUCAUAUCCGACCAUCCCAGAGGGUGCUGAAGUCUCCGGACACCCCACCGCUGGAACAUGGAGCCGUCAUGACAAGCAAGGAGGCCGAAUUAAAGGCCCUUCUACAGGCCCUGACUCUGACCUCCGCCUCCCACACGUCCCUCCCAGAUAGGAGCCCAGCCCACAGCCCCACUCCGGAACCACUGCCUGGACCCCUGGACUUCCACUUCCUAACAGAUGACCAAUCGUCUCUUGACGGUGAGGUGGGCGCCCUCUGGCGGACAGAGGAGGAGGCGCAUUCCACAGGAGGCAGGGACCCAGUCCCCUCUUGCGGGUGUCUGCCAGUCCUGUCUGACCUGGAACUGCUGCAAAGGCUCCGGGCUCUUGGUGAGAGCCCAGGCCCCGUCACGCCCUUCACCCGCCCACAUUACCUCCGACGACUCGAAGAAGCCCAGGCUGCUGCUGGCCCAGACUUUUCGAGGCACAGCCCAGAGCUGACUGAGGCCCUGAGGACAGGCCGAAUCCCAGACGCCCAGGCAGAUGAGGAUGCACUUGCCCGGCAGUUUGAGCAGCCGGAUCCCAGCAGAAGGUGGCGGGAGGGGGUAGUGAAGUCCAGUUUCACGUACCUGCUGCUGGACCCCAGGGAGACUCGGAACCUGCCAGCACGAGCCUCCUCACUGACUCCAGCCGAAUGCCUUCGGACUUUUGUCCACGCCAUCUUCUACGUGGGCAAGGGAACACGGGCCCGGCCAAAUGCUCACCUCUGGGAGGCCCUUGGCUACCGUGGGAGGUCAGGAAAACAGGCCUGCCCCAAAGUGCGCCGGAUCUUGGACAUUUGGGCGAGUGGUCGUGGUGUGGUGUCCCUGCAUUGCUUCCAGCAUGUGGUCGCUGUGGAGGCUUACACUCGAGAGGCGUGUCUUGUGGAUGCUCUAGGGAUCCAGACACUGACCAACCAGAAACAAGGACACUGCUACGGAGUGGUGGCCAGCUGGUCACCCACCCGCCGCCGCCGCCUGGGAGUGCAUCUGUUGCAUCGCGCCCUCCUUGUCUUCCUGGCUGAGGGUGAGCGAGAGUUGCGACCUCAAGACAUCCAGGCCUGUGGCUGAGCACUGGGAAGCUG